UUCAUGACCGUUUCACUCUGCCCCACCCACCUUCCCUUCCUUCUCUUUCCAUACUCCAAAAUUCAAAGGAUGCACUCGCAAACCCCACUCUCUUCCUCUCUCAUCUUCAUCGGAUUCUCCCUCUCAAACGGGUUUGUCUAAUUAUGAAAACCCAUUAACACAAGAGUUGCCCUUCCUGACUUAUCAGAGAGCAUUGCUCUCUCUCAGUCGGACAUUAACGAAGAAGAACAUCAUUUUCUUCCCUUUUUGUUUUUCUUUUCAAUGGGUUGUUUCAUUGCUUGUUUUCGCUCUUCCACUGAUGUUAACAAGCGUAGGAAGCAGAGGCGGCGCAAGGUUUUGCCACGAGAACAAACUGCUAAUGCUGUCUCCCAGCUUGUUCAGGUCUCACCAUCUACUGUAGACACUGCUUCUGAUAGAUCCAUUAGUCCGAUUCUAAAAGCUCGGGAUAGGCGUGAGGAACAACUAAAUGUGAGUACUAGAAAAAGAGUAACAUUUGAUUCCAACGUAAAGACAUAUGAACUUGAAGAUGUUGAAGCCGAAGCCGAAGCCGGAGCUGAAGGUGAUGCUUUCCUCGGAAAAGAUGGUAACAAGGAGGAGAAGGACUUGGCUGAAAUACCCCAAUCCCAGUGCAAAUCAUACUCUGGAGAGGGGUCUACUGUUUCCAGCAUUUCGUCUUACCCUCCCAAUCAUAGGUACCAGAAUUGUAGAGAUAGUGAUGAUGAAGAUGAAUUGGAUUAUGCUGAUAGUGAUCUUGAUCAUGAUCAUGUUGACACUGAUGUUGAUGAUGAUGAUGAUGAUGUUGAGGAUGAAGAGUAUGACAAUGAUUUUGAUGAUGAAGAUGAAUUAAUAGAAUCAAGUGAUAAAAAUUCCUCUGAUCAAGUGUUUGCUGAUGAGGUUGAUAGCUGUUUGUCAGUAUGUGGGUGUCCUGAAAAGACUGAACCUCAGAUCGGGGUGAGACGGACCACUCGAGAUAGGAAUGCCUGUAUUCAUUCUGUGUUGAAGCCUGUGGAAAAUAUCUCACAGUGGAAGGCAGUUAAAGUCAAGGAUAAACAUCCGUCGAAUCCUCCUUCUUGUAAAGAGAAUUUGGCCUUAAAUGGAGGUGCUAGGAGUUCUUUGACAGAGCCAAGUUUCAAAAAAUCAUCUUUUGGUUAUAAGUCCAAAAGUUGCCAACCUAAGAGCUCAGAUCAAGACAUAGCUGUUGAUGCCAGCCUUUCAAAUUGGUUGAGUUCAUCAGAAUUUACACCUCCUAGCAAGAUUAGUACAGGCAUUUCAGUUCUUCCAACACCAGAGUCACAAGGAUCAAACUCACCUAAAAGUGAAGAAGAUAGGCCAAUUUUGGGGGCCUUAACUAUGGAGGAACUCAAACAGUUUUCAACUACAACUUCUCCAAGAAGAUCGCCAAAUAGAAGUGCCAAUGACAUACCAAUCAUUGGGACGGUUGGCACAUAUUGGAGCCACUCUGAUUCUGUUGAGGAUUCUGGACUAGCGUCUUCUUUCAAAAGAGUGCCAAAUACCAGUAGCAACUUUAGAGGAAUGCGUGUGAAAUAAGAGUGAUAAUAACCUCCAAGUUCUGAUUGAUUUUGUGGAAGAACAAAACCAGUUUGUUACGGGUGAUAGUGCCACAGAUCAGAUAAACAAGGUUCGAGUUUAGGGGUGAUAAUGCCAUAGAUGAUGAUAAAUCGACGUUCGAGUUUGAAGAAACGUAUGAAUACGGGCUUUUACCAACUUACACAACACUAUUGUAUGAUAGAUAUGUUUGUGAGAUACAUGUGAAGUGUUUGUUGUAUUGGUGUGUGUGCAUUACAUUCAUUUACUUCAUUGUUUUGUGAAUUUGAAUUGAUAUCUAUAAUCCUCAUUUGUUUGAUUGGACUUGAUUCA